AGUCUACCGGAAACUACCAAGAAGAAGUAAUGUAAAUGUUAUCUCUGCUUGAAGUAUAAUUCCUACCAUGCAAUGGGCACCGACAUUUGGGUGAAACAUCGACUUUAUUUGCUUGAUAUUGAGGAUAUCACGUUGAUAGCUCUACCCCAAAAUGGACCUGCUGCUGCAAAUGGACAAUUUCGAUAGCACCAUAGAGGAUUGGGCUACAUAUAUCGAGAGACUUGAGCAGUAUUGCUUUGCUAACGAUGUAGAAGCUGAAAGGAAAGUGGGGGUACUUCUGGGUGUAAUGGGAGCUAAAACAUAUAACUUGCUAUGUACCCUUACAGCACCGACAAAGCCAGAAGAGAAGACUUUCAAAGAGAUUGUAAACGCGUUACAGACCCAUCUAAAUCCAAAGCCGCUGGUCAUAGCCGAACGUUUCCGAUUUCACAAACGGAAUCAGCAAAAGACAGAGUCAAUACCGGAGUACAUUGCGGAGCUCCGCCAGCUCUCGCAGUAUUGUCAGUUCGGACAGGGAUUGUCGGAUGCGCUCAGAGACAGGCUGGUAUUCGGGUUACACAACGAGAGCACACAGAAACGGCUCUUAUCAGAAAUAGAUCUGACAUUGGCGCGCGCAUUGGACAUAGCCAUAUCAAUGGAAACUGCCGCAAAAGAUGCAGGAGAGUUACAGAGGAAAAAUACAGUGGAAUGCACAGUGAACAAGUUGAACACCCGACGUCAAGAUAAAUCACAGGCAUGCUUUCGGUGUGGUAAAAAGUCACAUGACCCUGUCGAUUGUUGGUUUAAAGACAAAGACUGUAGACAAUGUAACAAAAGAGGACACAUACAGAAAAUGUGCAAAUCGAAGCAGAGUGAUAAAAAGUCACCCAAAACAGGAAAGAGAGAAGGAGAAGUGCAUCAGGUUACUGAAACUGAUUCAAAUGACUCUGAUGAAGAAGACAUGUCAUGUCUUGAACUUUUUUCUCUUAAAGAGACAGAUCACAAAAUAAUAUGUGUGACACCUGAAGUAGAGGGGGUGGCACUAAAGGACAGCAAGGACAUCAGUUCACAUACAGAUAGACAAUUGCGUCAGAGAACGUUGGAGAAAGGAAAGGAAAUGGCCACUAUCUCUGAUGAUGAUGAUGGUGGUGGUGAUGAUUAUGAUGGUGUUGAUGAUUAUGAUUAUAACGAUGAUAAUGGUGACGAUGAUUAUGAUGCUAAUAAUGGUAAUGAUAAUUAUGAUGCUGGUGACAGUAGUGAUAAAGAUGGUGAUGAUGAUGCCUGUGACAACAGUUCUAAAACCAGAGACAAGCCCUACCACUGCUUAGACUGUGGUAAGAGUUUUACCCGAGUCUAUCAUUUAAAAAGACACAAGCAAACACAUAACAAAGAAAAAUUUCACCAAUGCUCUGAUUGUGGUAAAAGCUUCACUCGACCGGAACAUUUGAAAAAACACCAGCGAAGCCAUAUGACUGACAAAUCAUACCAUUGCACUAACUGUGAUGAGUGUUUCUCUAAAGCAGCACAACUAAGAAGUCACAUGAAAGUGCAUGCCGGGGAAAAGCCUCACCUCUGCACCGACUGUGGGAAACUAUUCCAGUCGUUACACGCGUUUGAAAGACACCAGCAGAAACAUGCUGGAAAGAUGCUUCACCAAUGCUCAGACUGUGGUAAAGGUUUUACCAGAGCAUAUCACUUGAGAAGACACCAGCAUACACAUAAAGAGAAGUCUAAUUACUGCUCUGAUUGUGGUAAGAGCUUCACUCGUCCGGAAAAUCUAAAAAGACACCAGUGGAAACACAAGGAAAAAACACGUUACCACUGCUCUAUGUGUGAGGAGAAGUUCUCUACACAGGCAAUGUUAAAUAGUCACCUGCAGGUACAUGUUGGAGAGCUACCUCACCAUUGCUCUGACUGUGGAAAGGCGUUCUCAGACAAAAGACAAUUUGAGAUCCACCAGAAAAGACAUCAGCGAAAAACUGUAAAAAAAAGGUCUUACCUUUGCAGUGACUGUGGAAUGACUUUCAACAAGCCAAGCACAUUUAAGGUGCACCAGAGAUCUCACACAGGAGAAAAACCAUACAGCUGCUCAGAGUGUGGGAAGAGUUUUGUCCAGUCCACCACACUCCGGAUCCACCUCCAGUGGCAUGCUGGGGAGAGGGCCAGCUACUCCUGCCCUGUUUGUGGGAAGAUUUUCUCUCGAGCUGACAGUGUGAGGAGACACCAGAUGGUUCACACAGGAGAGAGACCUCAUGAGUGCCACUGUUGUGGGAAACGCUGCUUCCGACGGAGUGCUCUGAUCAUACAUAUGAGGAGUCACACUGGAGAGAAACCAUACGUUUGUUCUGAGUGCGGGAAGAGGUUCUCCCAAGACGGUGACCAGAAACGACACCAAAUAAGACACCACCCUGACCUCUGACCUGAAGAGGACAGCAGGCACAGGCAGGCUUCAGUACAGGCACACAGGCACCCAAAUCCACCCUCAGCCCCUACCCUACUAGCUCAUACCCCCUAGCCCCUAUACCAGGGGGUCGCAAAGUCAUUCCUGGACGGUCUAGUGGUUUUUACUAUUUCCCAUAUUAUGGCUAAAAUCUGCUAGCUAGCUAACCAACAAUUGUAAUUAUGUAUUUGAGAGACAAGUGCUCAUUGUGCAAAUGUAUUUGUUUUCAAUCAACAUUGGAGAUGAAAUAUAGCUUACAUGUUGUCAACAAUCUAAGCAAACUCCAUUUGUUUUGCCCCAUAGUUGCGCACGCAUCUGUUUUGUUGCUAAACAACCAACCCCUCUAUGCAGAUGUUGAAGCACCGUUGCUUGGAAAAACUCCCUAGAAAGGCAGGAACCUAGGAAGAAACCUACAGAGGAACCACAUUCAUAAUUUUUUCCGUAACUAUAUUUCUAUCCAUUCAUCAUUGUGUACAGUAUUCAUGGUGCAUUCAAUAGAUGGAAAACAACAAAAAAUGAUUUAGCAAAGCAGGAUACUAGCUACAACUACAGUUAUUUAUCCCAGUAGCCUACAUUAUGCACAGAAACCACGUGAUAGGCUUCUGAUCACCGAAAAGGUCACUAGUUAGCCACAAAGUAAGAAGGUCUGCCUACUUGACCAAUCAGAUGAAUGUUGAACGUGUAUGCUGGCUUACAGUUUGCAGGCAACGACCAAUCAGAUGAGGGAGUGUGAUGACCGUAUGCCGACCGGCAUGCAGGGGCAGACGAGAGACAUGCAUUUGUUUUGUCUAGUGAUCCAUCAAUGAUUUGGUUAUUUAUUAUCCAUAAUAAAACCAACAUUUCUAAAUGCAAA